AGCCUAGCCUGGGAGCAACAACUUCAAAGAAGAUGCUGGUCGGCGUGUGCGGCGGCAUCUGCGCUGGGAAGCAGGCAAGCAAGCCCCGCCAAGCCGUCCGCGACUACCUGGUCCAGAAACACCACUUCCAAAUCCUCCAUCUCGCGCGCACACCCGCCCCUCCCGACAUCGAAACGUCUGCUCCACGCCGUGACGUGCCCCUUCCCGACACCACCCGCCAUCCAGGGGCCACUUUCUCGAAUGUCGACGACCUCCUGGCGCACGCCACCAGAUAUUGGCAGGCCGACUUCGUGACGACAUGCCUCUACGAUGAGAAGAUCGCCGACACCUUGUGCACGCGGCCUUUCGUCGUGCUGGUGCACGUCGAUGCGCCCAUGUCAGUCCGCUGGCAGCGUUUCAACGACCGCUGUGCCAAGGCAGCACUGACGCCACCCUCUCUGCAACAGUUCGUCGUGCGCGACGACGACCAUCAGUACUCGCCCAUCACAGGACUGGCAACGCUUGCCUCUCGCGCACACAUCAAGCUCCUCAACUCGACAACGUCCAUUCCCAAGCUUUGGGCCAGUCUGGAUGCCAUCAACCUGACAGACCCAAGCAGGAUCAGACCAGCAUGGGAUCACUACUUCAUGACUCUAGCGUCGCUCGCUGCUCGACGAAGCAAUUGCAUGCGGCGUCAGGUGGGUUGCGUUCUGGUCCGCAACAGGCGUGUCAUGGCUACUGGGUACAAUGGAACGCCCAGAAAUAUCAGGAAUUGCAACGACGGAGGCUGUCCUCGGUGCAACGGCCACAAUGCAGCUGCUAUAUCAGGUGGUGCCGAUCUCAGCACGUGUCUCUGCAUACAUGCCGAAGAAAAUGCUCUUCUCGAGGCUGGCCGCGAGCGAGUCGGCGAUGGAGGAGUCCUCUACUGCAAUACCUGUCCUUGCUUGACCUGCACAAUCAAGAUUGUCCAGGUUGGAAUCACAGAGGUCGUGUUCAGCCAGAGCUACUACAUGGACAAGGCUGCAGCGAAGAUCUUCGAAGAGGCAGGAGUCAAACUUCGCCAAUACUCACCUCCAAAAGAAGGACUAGUCGACCUCAAUUCGCAAUGGGACGAGCUUGUCAAGAACGACAAAGCGCCUCGUCUAACGGACCGUCAGCGUGGCAAGGAGGCCUGGACUCAUGGCAUCUUCACCACAGAGACCAUUGCAUCGCCAAGCAAAAUCAACGGAUAUCACAACGACGAGAUGGAUUAGAAAUCCACAAUGGGUGAAGAAAAGCUCGUCGAAAGCGACGUUAAGGACAUUUUCAAGAGACUUUCAGUUCCUCUUCUAAGCGAAAAAUGGUCCUGUGGCAAUGACUGCACCAUCUGUGAAGACGCUUCAGAGGCCGCAAAUUCGAAGUACGAUGAUUUUGCAAUGGCCAUUGCCGGUGAGAAGCGCAGAUUGGCAUACUUGGAACGCGAAAGUCUUCAAGACUAUUUUGGCUACAGCUAUCGCUGGUCCUCUGAGCCGCGCGACGGAGAUGUGCAGUACUCUGCCGCUUCUGCAGAUUGCUGUACUGCUAGCGAAGAGCUCCCCGACAUGACUGCGUCGGCUACUAUGUCGAUCGGGUCAGUACAAGAAGAGUCCGAACUUCUGCAACUGGCCUCUCAACAAAUGGCUGCAUUCACUUGGGGACAAGCCCUACGCUGCACAUGUGUGGGAGUCUCUCUGUAGAGUGCCCGCAGACUUGCCCAUGGCAACGAUCAAGUUCAAUGGAACGGUCAUGCCUGUCGAAGUCGCGCGCUUCGCCAAUAGUCCUCGAGAUGGACUGUGAAAGUGACUCUCCUCUGAAGGCAGACAUGGACGGAACGAGCUCGCGACAAACCCCCGACGUGCCUCCGGUCGUCAUCGUCGUUCCGAAUAGCCCGACUCUAUCGUCACCGCGGGCCAAAUCCGACUUUUCUAUUGCCAAUGCAAAUUUGGGGGAAGACCGUGAUUCUGUGCUCGGGAUCACCGUCGGUAAAGGGACUAAGGAAGACUGCCAUCCGGUCUGGGAAAGCGAGAAGCCGCCGUCUGUCCCUCUCUUUGACGAACAGAAAUUCAAACUCCCCAUGCCUAAGCCAUUACAUGCUGUCGUUGCACCAUGUCAGCUUGCGAAUGGCAAUGAGAACAGGCUGUCGGAGAAACCCGCUAUUGACAAUAAUAUAAACCCUCUCCUGAAGAGCACUUCUCGUGCCGAAAAUAUUUCGAAGGAAGAAGAGCAUAGCCUGCUAACGAGGCUUAGCAUUAGCGAUAAAGUAUCGUUUAAGCCCUAUAGUGCUUAUCCUAAUCGAGCGGAGCGAUAGAGCAGCGCUUACGCUUUAAUAUUAUUAUAUUAGACUAUA